AUACUUGUUAUUGAGCAAGAGGUUGACCAAACUCACCAAGGAUGAAUUUUUACUCUUCCGCGAUGAGUCUAAAGAACUGAGUAUAGAUGAGGUUGUGCUUGGAGGAGAAAAGUUGGUCCGUCUAUUGUCAAAUCAUCAUCAGCGAAAAUCGAUAGUUUUAGUCGAUAAUUUUGACAUACCGAUUCGCAAGGCACUUUUCGCCCAAAAACUUUAUGAUGAAAGUUUUACGAGGAUCGUGAAGGAUGUGUGUCGAUUUGUCGAGUUGCUCAUAAAAAGCGAGAAUGUGUUCCGGACCGUAGUGACGGGCAGUCUCAGAAUUAACAUCACAGAUGGAUUGAUGCAUCUUCCCGUCUUCCAGGAUGAAUUUUUGCAUCAAUAUUACGGCCUGACAGAAGAGGAUGUUUCUGAGCUUGCUUGGCGCUACUACAAAGAAAAACAUAUUCCCGAUAUCAGACUUUGGUACAGUGGUUACAGAGCAGGGCGGAAGGGUCAUAAUAUUUACAACACACGCUCAACGUUGCGCUGCCUUACGUCGGGUCUGCUCAGACCGUAUCAAAAUGAGUCUAUAAAUUUUAAACCCAUAAAACACCUGUUGAAUUUUGAGAGGUUGGGCCGUGACAUAGAGGACGCCUUUGAUAAUAAGACACGACUCCUUGUACGGCAAAAGAUCCCACUGAGGCUGCUCGAGCAACUCCGACGAUCAAUAUUUGAACCCGAUCGAACUCCAUUUGUUGUUCAUCGGGACUUAAUCCUGCAGAUGCUUCUGGACCAUGGCUUCUACACCGUUUUUGACGGAAACAGACUCAAUAUACCCAACUUCGAGACCAAGUUGGACAUCAAUAAUCUGAUCUUCGACCGAGCAUACUACCUCACCAAACUAAAUGUAACUAACCAAACCAUUGAUAACUUUGUUCAGGGCAUUGAGCGACUCACUGGGGAGGAGGCGUCUAUACGCAACUUCUCCUUAGCGGUCACAGAACUCUUCAAGUACAGCCUGCCGCGAGGAGCUCGGGAACUAGCACACACCUUGCUCACUCUAGCGGCAGACUCUGGAAAAUUCGACCUGGUGCGCGGUCUGGAGGCCCCCGACCGGAAACGACAGGAUGUCCUCGUGAAGCGAUCCACGGAGGCCGGGAUCGUGAUCGGUAUCACAACGGAUCCGAUUGACGACGAUUUGCUGAGACCUGUUUUUAUCCGAAGUUUCCAGUUGUUCCAUCAAGACUGCAAGGCGAAGAUUGCCAUAUUGUUGGGUUUGAAACCACGCGGACAGGUCGGGGAUCUCGACGUACUGUAUGCGUUCGAGAAUCGUACCGUUGAGGACAUGACUGAGAACCAACGUAAGGCACAUGUUACCGAGGGUGCACCAACGAGACUACCAGAAAGUGUAUAAUCGACGAAGGCACCAUAUCAUCCUUGCAUUCAACGACCACCGCUGGGUAGAGAUGAACCACCCAACUUACGCGUACACAUACGUAAUUUGAGUUGUUAUAGGCACCAAAGACAGUUACUUGGCCGCAUUUUCUCUUCAUCGUAUUGUUAUGGUAUCUCUCACUUGUGUGGAAUAUUAAAAAAUUAGUUUGCGAUGUCGGAUUGUUUUUAUAUUGAAACUGGUCUUUAACGAUACCAAGAUACUAAGAUCUUCCAUGACAUACGCAGUAAUGAAAACAUAAUUUUCAACUUUGGUUGCAGAAAUGUUGAUUAUUGUUGCCAUUACUUGGAAAAAAUAUUCCGAAAAAUGUA